GCCUACUGUGUUCUUCUUGUUUACUCUAUUGAGUUUUCAUUCUUGACGGUGCUUCCUUUCAAAUAUACAUCUUUCUUGGGGACUAAGAAAAGAUUAUUUUGACUGUCUAGAGACAAUGGAAGGGAAUAAAGGAGUGGGAUCCUCGUUUUCUUCUUCCUUGACUUCAGAGCUCUUUGGCUCAAAAGACAUACCUUCAUCUUCCUCUGUGAUUUUCGGCUCUAUAUUUGCUCCUCCAUCAAAGGUAUUAGGGAGGGAGUCUCUGCGUCCUGAUUUGACGACCAAUAUGCAGGAUACUCCGAACGAGCUCUGGAACACAAAACCUGGAGCCUCUGGUGAAAAUCCAAACACGGUGAAUAGAGACACGAGUUCCAGAUAUCAGGAGCAAAGAAUACAACCAUGUAAUCUAAGUUCAUCGAUCUACUAUGGUGGCCAAGAUAUAUACUCUCUUCCCCAUAGUAGCCAGGGCUCUGGAUUAAACUCCAUGUAUAAGAAGGAUGGUGGAGAAGAGGAUUCAGGGAUGGCAUCAAGAGGAAACUGGUGGCAAGGGUCUCUCUAUUACUAAGAGUUUGCUUGCCAAUAAGAAUACUUAUUAUAAAGGUACCUAGGAAGAUAUAUAUAGAUAACAGUUUAAUCUGUUCUGGU